AUGCCCAGUGACACCCCGGCCUUCAGCAAGAGCCCGGACGCCGCGGGGCCGGGGGACAAUGCCAGCGGCUUCGGGAAAGCGGCGGCCCGCAUGGCGGGCGCCCCGGCGGACGGAGUCGCCGCCGCGGCGGGAAAGAAGCCGCCGCGGCUGCCCAAGUGUGCCCGCUGCCGCAACCACGGCUACUCCUCACCGCUGAAGGGGCAUAAGCGGUUCUGCAUGUGGCGGGACUGCCAGUGCAAGAAGUGCAGCCUGAUCGCCGAGCGGCAGCGGGUGAUGGCAGCGCAGGUUGCACUGAGAAGGCAGCAAGCUCAGGAAGAGGAACUGGGAAUCAGCCACCCGGUGCCCCUGCCCAGUGCCCCUGAGACAUUUGUUAAGAAGAACAGUGGUGGCAGCUCUUGUCUCUUGCUGGAAAGCAGCAGCCCUACACAUUCGACGAGUACAGCCACGACGGCAGCUAGCACACCCUCAGAGGGACGGAUGCUCAUUCAGGACAUCCCCUCCAUCCCCAGCAGAGGGCACUUGGAGAGCACGUCUGAUUUGGUUGUGGACUCCACCUACUACAGCAGUUUUUACCAGCCGUCUCUGUAUCCUUACUAUAACAACCUGUACAACUACUCCCAGUACCAAGUGGCAAUGGCCAGUGAGCCUUCCUCAAGUGAGACGGGGGGUACAAUUGUAGGGUCAGCCAUGAAAAACAGCUUCCGAAGCCUCCCAGCAGCGUAUGUGCCAAGCCAGUCAGGAAAACAGUGGCAGGUUAAGGGCAUGGAGAGCCGCCACGCAGUCAGCUCCCAGUACCGCAUGUGCUCCUACUACCCACCCGCCUCCUACCUGGGACAGGGGGUUGGUGCUCCCACAUGCCUCCCCCAAAUUGUGACCUCUGAGGACAUCCCCUCCUACUCGGAGUCAAAAGUGAGAGUGUUUUCGCCACCCAGCAGCCAAGACUCCGGCCUGGGGUGCCUGUCCAGCAACGAGAGCACCAAGGGGGAGCUGGAGUGCGAGCCCCCCCCGGAGCCCGGCGCCUUCGCGGUGAGCCCCGUCCUGGAGGGCGGCGAGUAG